AAAUCCCAGUGUGCAUGCGCCCUCGACUUCAUUCGAGGAAGUGGUGGGGCAAGUAGAUUCUAAAGCGACAGAGUUUGUUGUUGACUUCUUUCCAGAGGAUAAACACCUCACCUUUCUCACAAAAUGUCGGAUUUUGACAACAACCCGUUCGCAGAGCCCAGCAGCAUUAACCCGUUCAAUGAUCCGUCGGUCACUCAGGUGACAAACUCCAACAUUGAAACAGUUGAAGAGUACAACCCUUUUCCCCAGACCACGGAUUUUGCUGCCACUCGCACCACGCCAGCCUCCAGCUCUCUCUACCAGCCGGCCGUGUUGCAGCCUUCGACAGAACCCAGCCCACAGGCAACUACUGCCGCAGCUCAGGCCACCCUGCUGAAGCAGCAGGAGGAGCUGGAGAGGAAAGCUGCUGAACUGGACCGCAGGGAGCAGGAGCUGCAGAGCCGAGGCCCCACAGCAGGUAAGGAGAACAACUGGCCUCCGCUUCCCAAGUUCUUCCCCAUCAAACCGUGUUUCUAUCAGGACUUCUCAGAGGAAAUUCCUACAGAGUACCAGAGAGUCUGCAAAAUGAUGUACUACCUCUGGAUGUUCUACUGUGUGACUCUGUUCCUCAACCUGCUGGCGUGCCUGGCAGAAUUCAUUGGCGGCUCAGCGCACGGCGUUGACUUCGGCCUCUCCAUUCUCUGGCUAAUCCUGUUUACCCCCUGCUCCUUCCUCUGCUGGUACCGGCCAGUCUACAAGGCCUUUAAGAAUGACAGCUCCUUCAACUUCUUCUUCUUCUUCUUUGUGUUUUUCGUCCAAGUGGUACUUGUCAUCAUCCAGGCUGUGGGCAUCCCCUACUGGGGUAACAGUGGUUGGAUCUCGGCCUUCUCUGUUAUCCACGACAAACCAGCGGUGGGAGCCAUCAUGAUGGUGGUGGCCUGCCUCUUCACCGUUUGUGCCGUGAUGUCGGUCGUCCUGCUGAAGAUGGUCCACGGCUUGUACCGCCGCACCGGGGCCAGUUUCCAGAAAGCCCAGCAGGAGUUCUCCCAGGGCGUGGUCACCAGCCGGGGCUUCCAGACGGCAGCUUCUGGAGCGGUUUCAGCUGCAGCCCAGGGAACGUUCCAGGGAAACAACUAGAAGCAGAGCGAGCUAAAAUCAGCUCGGAAGCAUAGCGUGUUGAUCACCCACCCCUCCCUCCUUCCCAUCACAGCUGGUGGGGGAGGGCUUCACCUUCGGGUGCCUCCAGAUCACCAGCAACAUCCAGUACUGUAUAAAAAAAAAAAAAAGAAAACAAAAAUAGAAACUGAGGGAAAAGAGGCACAUCAAGGAUGGAAAUGAAGAUGAAUGAUGUCUGUCUCAGAAUGCCUCUGCUUUGUGUUUGUCUGUGACCGGACCCCUCCAUGAUUGUUCCUCUGCUCUGCAGGUGGAGCCUCAUUAUGAAUCAGAUGAAGUGUUUGUCAAUGAUUCGUUCGUGUUCUGUACCUCAGAAACAUUUCAUUCUGUGUUUUUCUUUUCCGGUUUAGUAAAAAUCAGCAUUUAGUCCGUGUGGCCUGGACAUUCAUGUUCAGUUUGAUUUCAAAUCCGACCUGAGAUGUUCCUUAAUGAUGCUCUGUGGACGUCCUCUGCAGAGGAAGGCACUGCCUGUCCACAUCGCACGCAUUGAACACGUCCUCAUAGUUUCAGAGUCAUUUUAUUCUAACCUUAGAAGUCAUUUUUCUCAUUUCAUUUUUACUGCAUCAUUUCAAUGCUUUUUUUUAAAUGCCUUCGCGUGGAAAAUAAAAACCUGUAGAAUAUUUUCCGGUGACAGAAGCUCAUUUGGUCCAUUUAACAGAUGUAUCCCUUUGAUUUCUGUCCGACUGUUCUCCUGGGAAUUAAAAUGUUGGAUUUCAAGGACAUAUAAAAGCCACGGUUCUUUAUAAGCCUCUUUUAUUAAUGGCUUUUUAUCUCUUUCUGCUUUUCUAAAAUUGACAUUGUGGGUCACAGAUGUGUAAAUUAUUCCCACACGGCUGGACAUUUCUAAUAGUACAUUUCCUACAUUAAAAGGCAUGUGUGUUAUUUAACAUUCGAGAUGUAACAUUUGUAAGUAUUUUCUUUUUUUUUUUCAGAUUAUAGACAUAGAUGAUUUCUAAGGUCUUUGCACCAAUUAAGUGGAGAAGAUUUGAUUUAUUUUGUUUGACCUGGAUGGAUUGUUCCGGGAAAAAGACAACAAUGUGUUUGAAUGCAAUGAAUGCCGUAUCUAAUAAAGUGCUUUGCUCUCA